AUGGCGCCAGCGCACAAGUACGGCGCCUACUGGGCGAUCACCUACCCGAAGCGACACCCGAUGGAAUUCGUCGCCAUCUUCUCGACGGGGUUUUUCCUUUCCGGCAUACUGCUGCUGUCGGCAGGCUACGUCGUCCCGCGACACGACUACGACGACGCCGACGAGCCGACCGCCGCCAUGACGGAGGCCGAGCAGCGCCAGAUGGCGCACCGGGCGUUCCGACUCGACGUCUGCAUCAUCGUCGGCCUGACGCUCGUCUGCACGUCGGCCGUCACGCUCGUCGUCGUGCUCAUCGCCGUCACGUGCCACAUGGGUCGCAAGGACUACAACGAGUUGCGCUGUCGGCAGCGGCUGGUCGGCAACGACGUGCCGACGUCGACGACGCUGCAUGCCGUACAGCCGGCGGCGCGAGAUCUCUACUACUACGACAACUCGGUGGAUAACAUGGUCUAUACGGAGCAGUGA